AUGGAUAAAAAUACUGACCUGUCGGCCGUGGAGGUCGGCGCCACGGUCUUGAUGGAGGAUAAGACGUCCGAGAUCGUUGCGCCCGACCAGUUCGAUGAGAGAUACCGCACAACUCGGACAGAGAUCUGGGCUUAUUAUGCCUAUUAUAUCGGGAACAAUGGAUUGUCUCUAUUUAACUUCGCUCCCACGGCAUUCCAGAAUUUGCUUUACCAAGCGGCUCCAGCCAGCGGCCUGUUGUUCUUCAUGGGCGCAGCGCGCACAGUAGAAAGCAUCGUGCUGCUGGCCAACGGUAUCUCAUUUGCGAUCCAGGUCGUCGUUUUCCUCGUUAUCGGUAGUUUCGCCGAUUUCGGUUAUUGGCGACCCAACAUCUUGAUCUUUCUCUCGAUUGUGGCCUGGGCUAUUGGCUUCGGUUGGCUGGGCGUUCACACGGCGGAUAAAUGGCAUGUUGGAGUAGGGCUCUAUAUGGUUGGACUCAUCGCCUAUCAAACGACCCUGACGUUCUGGACCGCGGCGUUCCCGAGCCUGGCGCGCAAUACGACCGAGAUGAAAGAGAAGGCGGAUGCCUAUGUGUCUGGAAUGAUUACUCGAGAUGACUAUAACCAUGCGGAUACUUUGAUGAGGAGUCGUCUUUCCAAUAUCGCUUUUUACGUUCAGUCUGUGGCGGAGCUCUUCAUUUUGGCAAUUAUUGUGGGAAUCAUGUUUGGAUUGGACGUGAAUGCUAGCGAGGCGAAUAAUAACUGGGGACUGAGUGUACUGAUCGCUUUCGUCUCUGGGGUAUGGCUGCUCGUGGCCAUGCCGUGGUUCUUCCUGGAGAAACGUCGCCCUGGGCAAGACGCCGGGAAUCGAUCCAUCUUUGUCGCGGGAAUGUGGCAGCUGUGGCAUGCCCUGCGACAGAUCUGGCAUCUUAAACAAAGCUUGCUAUACUUGAUUGGUUAUUUCUUGCUCGGAGACUCGCUGAACACCACCGUGACCGUGAUUUCAACCCUUCAAAACAGCAUUGUUGCAUAUAACACUCUGCAGCUCACGUAUCUUCUCAUCGUCGGCAUCGGAGCGCAGGCAAUCGGUAUUUAUGCAUUCUGGUGGAUCCAGCAGCGCCUCAACCUAGGGACAAAGUUCAUGUUUAACACAGUUGCACUUUGCAUUAUUCUCCUUGACGGAUGGGGCAUGAUAGGGAACUGGACCCUCCGGUUCGGCUUCCACAACACUUGGGAGGUGUGGGCAUACCAAGCUUUUUACGGACUGCUCAUCUGUCCAUGGUACAGCUACUCGCAGAUCAUGAUCUCCGAGGUCACCCCGCGUGGCCAUGAGUUCUUGUUCUUCAGUCUUUUUAGUAUUAUCGGAAAGACAUCCUCGUUCAUUGGUCCGCUUGUUUCUAGUGCCAUCAUCGACGCAAGCCCCAGCCACAACCCGUCUUCCCCAUUCUAUUUCCUAUUUGCGUUGAGCGUCGUCAGUUUCGUCAUCCUGUUCUUCGGAGUUGACUUGAAAAAGAGUCAAGUGGAACAAGACAAGUUCUUGGAGGACAAGCAGCGUCGACUGCAAGACAGUGCCUCUUCAUCCUCGGGAGGGGUUUGA